AAGUUUAAACCCUGCUCUCGACUUAAACCCUAGCUGGCCAACUCUCAUCUCUUUACACAAGUAGCAAUGGAGACUGAAACUUGCAUUGACUCUAUGGACUUCAAAGUUCAAGAGUUAUUAAAGGAGGCUCGUCUCGAAUGUUCGUCUCUACUUACCAAGCUCGUCGACGACACCGUUUCCGCCAUCAAAUCCGCCAUAGAUAAAAUUCCUGAAGGCCUUCAGGUUACCGCGGAUUGGGCUCGAGGUUUUGUGAGAGAUAUUGGUGCAGACAAAGCCGAAUUUAAAUUUAAGAAGCCGAAGUCUAUUGAAAUUGGUGGUAGUUAUUCAAUAGGCUGCAUAGCAAAACCAGAUGUUAAUAUUGAUCUUCUCCUCCGCUUACCAAAGGAAUGUUUCCACGAGAAAGACUACCUAAAUUACCGGUAUCAUGCUAAAAGGUGCCUUUACCUCUGUGUUAUAAAGAAGCACUUGAAAUCCUCUUCAUCAAUUCAGAAGGUUGAAUGGUCUGCUUUGCAAAACGAGGCUAGGAAACCUGUAUUGGUUGUCUAUCCAGCUGCAAACCUUGGUGAAGUUCCUGGGCUUUUUAUAAGAAUAAUUCCCACAGCAACAUCCCUAUUUGAUCUUUCCAAGUUGAACAUGAAGCGGAACAAUGUACGAGCUCUGAAUGCAGGGGAUGAUCCUCAGCCUACACCAAUAUAUAAUUGUAGCAUAUUGGAAGACAUGUAUUUAGAGGAGAAGUCAAAUUUUAUUAAGAAAACAUUUUCUGGAUGGAAGGAAUUGGGAGAGGCCUUAAUCUUGCUGAAGGUCUGGGCUCGGUUGAGAAGUUCGAUAUAUGUUCAUGAUUGCUUAAAUGGGUUUCUAAUAUCUAUUAUAGUGUCGUACCUUGUGGCCAAAAAUAAGAUUAACCGUGAUAUGAUGCCAAUGGGGAUAUUUCGUGCCACAUUGAAAUUUAUUGAAACUCAUCCAUUGUGGAAGCAUGGGCUUUACUUUCCAAUGUCAGACCAGAAUGUUUCUUCUAAGGGAAAUGAGCAGCUUAAUUCUUUAACCCGCUUCAAUUUGGCAUUCAGAAUAUCAAGUGUUGCUUAUCCUGAGCUACAAGAUGAAGUUGCGUUAACACUUAGGUGUUUAGAAAAAUGCAGAGAUGGUGGAUGUGAGGAAAUUUUCACAACCAAGAUCGACAAUGCUGCUAAAUACGAUUAUUGCAUUAGAUUGAACUUGAAAGGAAAUAGUGAGGUUUAUUCUCUGGGAUUUUGCUUGGAUGAGGAAUGUUGGAGAGUGUAUGAGCAGGAUGUACACAGUCUGCUUAAUCAAGGAUUGACUGAUAGAGCAAAGUUUAUUCGUGUUAUUUGGAGGAACACUUAUUCGGACUUUAAUGUUGAAAAUGGCUUAUCAGCACUUGAUAGUGAGCCAUUAUUUGUUGGAAUUUCAGUGAGCUCUGUAGAGAAGGCUUUUAGGGUUGUAGAUAUUGGCCCAAAUGCUGAAAAGAAAGACGAGGCUCUCAUGUUUCGAAAAUUUUGGGGUGAGAAGGCUGAGCUUCGGAGAUUUCAAGAUGGUAAAAUUGCAGAAAGCACAGUAUGGGAGAGCAAGCAGGGGACAAGACAUCUCAUUUUAAAAAGAAUUAUUGAGUUUUUACUGGGACGCCAUCUUUCUUUAUCGAAAAAGGAUAUUGUCCCAGUAGUGGAUCAGCUUGAUUUCUGUUUGCUACAUGAUGGUAAAGACCCGGUAUCACAUUCUGCAAAACUGCUUGGAACUUUUGAAGAAUUGUCUAAACGAUUGCGUUCUAUUGAAGAUGUUCCCUUGAAGAUAUCUAGUGUGCAGCCUCUUGAUUCUGCUUUCAGGUUUACUUCUGUAUUUCCUCCUGAACCUCAUCCUCUGGCAAGUAAAAAGGUGGAUGUGGCAAGGUUACAUAAUUUGACCCCAUUCUGUGUUCAGUCACUUGAAGUUAUGAUUCAGUUGGAAGGUUCUGGGAAUUGGCCAAUGGAUGAUGUCUUAAUUGAGAAAACUAAAUCAGUUUUCCUUCUGAAAAUUGCAGAAAGUCUUCAGGAUAACUGGGGGAUAACAUGUACUGCUACUGAGGAAGAUGUGGAUGUUUUCAUGGAUGGAUAUGCAUUUCGUCUUAGAAUUUUGCAUGAGAGAGGCCUAAGCCUGGUGAAUAAAGAAAUUGGAGGUGACCAAAUGAAGCGGGUUUCAUCUGCUGAUAAAAUGCUUUUUGUUCGUAGUCAACAUGCAAGCAUGAUAAAUGGAUUACAGUUUCGUUACCCGAUAUUUGGGCCGGUUGUUAGGAUUGCAAAACGGUGGCUUGCUUCACAUCUCUUUUCAGCUUGCUUGGCAGAAGAGGCUGCUGAGCUAUUAGUUGCCUACCUCUUUUUGAAGCCUCUACCAUUUAAUGUUCCCUGUUCGCGGAUCACUGGAUUUUUAAGGUUCUUGCGACUACUAGCUGAACAUGAUUGGGCUUUUUCUCCAUUGGUUGUUGAUAUAAAUGGUGAUCUGAGCCAAAAUGAUGAGAAAGAGAUUGAUGAUAACUUUACACAAAGUAGAAAAGCUUACGAAGAAAACACCCAAAACGAAAGCAAGGCCAUGUUCCUGGCUACUGCUUAUGACAAGGCAUCUGAAGCUUGGACUAGAUGCUCACCAAAUCCAUUGGAGCUCAAAAGGUUGGCGGCUUAUGCUCGAAGCAGUGCAAGCUUGUUGACAAAACUCAUAUUGCAAAAUCAGACUGAUUCCCGUGGAUGGGAGGUGCAUUAUACAUGCCUUCUCCGAACUCCACUGAGCCUCUAUGAUGCUGUAAUACUUCUCCAUGGAGAUAGAUUACCUUACCCAAAACGUCUCCUCUUCACAUCUGAACUGGACCAAGGUAUAUUCCUUGGAGGCAAAGGGCGGCAUGUGGCUCAUGGCAAUGCUAGCACUUGUUUCCACCCCUUCCUAUUGCCUUCUGAUAUGAAGGGUAGCAGCUUAGAGCAACUUAAAACCAAGCUAAUGGUAAACUUUGAUCCACUAAGGUGCUUUGUUGGAGAUGUAGAGAAAGGGUUCUCCAACAGAUUGAAGUUAUGGUAUGAUUCAUUAGGAGGUGAUGCUAUCGGUCUAACAUGGGAACGGUCAAAGAAACGAGAACGAGAAGAGGAAGAGACGGACAGAAAAUAUCCGGUUGAUUUGUUGAGAAAUAUAGGUGAACUGGGGAAAGGAUUUGUGAGAGAUGUUUAUCUGCUCAAGGCUCCCAGGCUUUCGAGUUAAGGGGAAAACAAAUUAGGACACCCACCCUUGGUAGCUGAAAACACGAGGUGCCAGGAUAGGGUGGAGUAAGGGAAAGCAGUGUUCAACUUUUGUAGCAUAGAUCACCAAUCUCCAGAGCCGUUGCCCUGGCAAACUGAUAUAGCAAAACCCUUCAAUUUUGUUGUUAUAUUUAAUGGUUUUCAUUGCUAGAAUUUACUUUGUAAAAUGCUGAUGUAAUUGCAGGACAAAGGUUAAAAACAGAGGGUAUAUCUUAAUGGAAAAAAUGAGUUAAUUUUUC